AUCACUAAAGGAUAUGCUUAUUUAGCAAGAAUAAUCUUAAUAACAGUCAUUAAACAUGGUAAUAUAACAACCUGAACCUUUAUUUGUCUCAAAUGUUGAAGCGGCUUUGCCUUUGUGUUCUUCUUCUGUGUGGAUGAGGAAAUUAACCUUAUACAUGUUGUAUAUUCAUGCUAGCUAGCUAGUAAUGUUAUUUACCGGCUAAAAUAUAAUGUUGAAAAACCUGAGAUCUGGAAAACACUUUUUUUUUUAGUUAUUUGAGUGAGACAGUAAGAGCAGUGAUGAAUGAUGUGGUUUCUUCACUCUGAGAGGCAGGAAUGAGAAACGCUUGGCACGCAUGUGAUGCUGGUGGUGGUGCUUGUCUGUGAAACAGAUCCAUGCUGAAACACACUGUUCAUUGGUUCUAGUUCUAGAAGUCUUCAUGUUUCACUUCUCUGCUGGCUGAGAGAGACACCUCACCUUACCACACCUCACUACAGACAUCACUGAGUCAUAACGGAAAUCAUUUGCUGCAUAUCCUGCAUUUUGGGUGUAAUCAUGACUCUUCAACAGAAAGUCCAUGUGACUUCAUGAUUUGGAUUUGUUCCACUCUUUGAAAGUCCAUUCAUCAUAUGAUGGUUUUUUUUUUCGUCCUUGAAUUGUACCAAUAUAUUACUGAUACCAGAUAUCUUGGAUGAAUGAGAUGGCUUGCAAAUGAUAAACCUUAUUAACCUACAGUAAGGAGAAUAGGAUCCAAGUUCGAGUCUGUAAAUCCGGAUGACGGUGUCUGCAGCGUAUUGGUGGAUGUGGUCAGUGUGGGGUGAGCUCAGGAGUGUCACAUCAUUGGCUCUCAAGCUCACACUUCCUCACUGGUCUGAGCAGGAGGAAGAAGUGAGGCUUUGCAACUACACAACCGCACGACUCGUUUAGUAGCAGCAUACUGAAGGGAUCUUUGUCAGAUUUGGCCACUUCAGUAUCUAAACCCCCACAACGAUGAAAAUGGACCUUAGCAAUAUUCUCCUGCUCCCAGUCCACAUGCUGGUAUGGGUGUACUCGGUGGUGAGCUUCGUACCCUGGUACUUCCUAACAGGGGCCCAGGAGAAGAAAGCCAAAGCCAAACGAAUCAAAGCCAAAUCCAUCAAGGGUCAAAUAGAGGGACCUUAUCGCUCCGUAGACCACUUUGACUCCUUGGCCCUGAUGGACUUUGAUGAAAAAGAUACACUGGACAAACUGUUUGAUCGAGCGGUGCAGCGCUUUAACAAGUUGCACUGCCUGGGAGUGCGAACGGUUCUGAGUGAAGAGAAUGAAACUCAGCCUGGAGGCAAGGUUUUCAAAAAGCUGAUCUUGGGGGAUUACAAAUGGAUGACAUAUCAGGAGAUGGAUGUUGAAGUGACUCUCUUGGGCAGUGGCUUGGCAGCACUGGGCCAGCAACCAAAAAACACCAUUGCUAUAUUCUGUGAGACACGUGCUGAGUGGAUGAUCACAGCUCAGGCCUGCUUCAGACGCAAUUUCCCAUUGGUCACGUUUUACGCCACUCUUGGAGAAGACGCUGUGGCCUUUGGACUAAAUGAGUGUGGUGUGACUCACUUGGUCACUAGUAUGGAGCUUCUGGAAACCAAGUUAAAGGGUGUCCUGCCUCAAAUUCCCAACCUGAGGCACAUUAUUUACGUGGACAACAAGAGCCUCAGUACUGCAGGCUAUCCAGAGAGCAUUCAGAUUCACAGCAUGCAGUCUGUAAAGGAGCUGGGAGCAAAGCCCGAAAACUUGAACAGGGAGAUAGUCAAACCUGUCCCGUCAGACAUGGCUGUCAUCAUGUACACCAGUGGCUCCACAGGACGACCCAAAGGAGUCAUGAUUUUCCAUAGCAAUCUCAUUGCUGGCAUGACCGGCCAGUGUGAGAGGAUCCCAGGCCUAGGCUCCAAGGACACGUACAUAGCUUAUUUGCCCCUGGCUCAUGUGCUGGAGAUGAGUGCAGAGAUCUCAUGCGUAGCCUACGGCUGCAGGAUCGGUUACUCCUCCCCACAGACGCUCUCUGAUCAGUCUACAAAAAUUAAAAAGGGCAGCAAGGGCGACUGCACUGUCCUAAAGCCGACACUGAUGGCAGCUGUACCAGAAAUAAUGGACCGUAUCAAGAAAAAUGUCAUGAGCAAAGUCCAGGAGAUGAACGUUGUGCAGAGGACCUUGUUCAAUCUGGCCUACAACUACAAGCUGGAGCAGCUCAAGAAUGGCUAUGAUGCUCCCCUUUGCAAUAUACUCUUUAAGAAGGUGAGGGCUCUGUUGGGAGGGCAUGUGCGGAUGAUGCUGUCAGGAGGAGCUCCUCUCUCCUGUUCCACACAGCGCUUCAUGAACAUCUGUUUCUGCUGCCCUGUGGGUCAGGGUUACGGCCUCACCGAGACCUGUGGAGCAGGCACAAUCUCUGAGGUGACGGACUACAGCACAGGAAGAGUCGGGGCUCCUCUUAUUUGCUGUGAAGUUAAAGUCCGAAAUUGGGCAGAAGGUGGCUAUACAAAGCUGGACAAGCCUCAUCCACGAGGAGAAAUUAUAAUUGGAGGUCCAAACGUGACCAUGGGCUACUACAAGUGUGAAAACGCAACCAGUGAGGAUUUCUUUGUGGAUGAAAAUGGACAGCGUUGGUUCUGCACUGGAGAUAUCGGAGAGAUUCACCCUGAUGGCUGUCUGCAGAUUGUGGAUCGUAAGAAGGACCUUGUGAAACUGCAAGCUGGAGAGUAUGUGUCUUUGGGCAAAGUUGAGUCAGCACUGAAGAACUGCUCCCUCAUUGACAACAUCUGUGCAUACGCCAACAGUGACCAGAACUAUGUGAUCAGCUUCGUUGUACCAAACCAAAAGAAACUGACUGCUCUGGCUCAACAGAAGGGAAUCAGUGGCACCUGGAAGGACAUCUGCAACCAUCCACUUAUGGAGAUGGAAGUCUUGAGGGAAAUUAAAGAAGUCGCCACUUCAAUUAAACUGCAGCGCUUUGAGAUCCCAGUAAAAGUUCACCUGAGCCCAGAACCAUGGACUCCUGAAACCGGUUUAGUCACAGAUGCAUUUAAACUGAAGAGGAAGGAGCUGAAGAACCACUUUCUCCACGACAUUGAGCGAAUGUACGGUCGCAAAUAAAACCAGCCAAAUACUAUAAACCGACAUCACUCUGUUGCCAUAUGGCUUAUGGUACACAUGUAUAUCUGUUUAGAAACAUUUUGCUGUAAUUACACAUCAUCACAUAAUGUGACACACACACCCCUGCGUUCUGAGAAUCUUCUGUGACGUCCUGUUAACAAACUGUCGGUCAUAAUACUGUGGAUAAUAUCAGUGGGUUUGUACAAGUUUGCCAGAGCUCUAGUCUCUCUGCUGUAGAAUAGUUCAUUUAAUAGCUGUAUGGCAUGAAACUCAGUUAAAAGGACAAUAUUUGAACUCGAGCAACAAAACUGCUUCAUUUUUACUUAAAACUGACUCAUGCAAGAUUCUCGACUGUAUAAUUGCUUUUAGAAUGCCAUCAUCUUCAGCUAUGUAUUUUUGUAAAAAGUUUGUAUUUUCAUCUUUCUAAUACACUUGUGUAAAGAAUCUGAAAGCGAAAACCAGUCAUUAGAUACAAGACGAGGUUGUCUCACUACAGAGCAGCUGUACUGUACUUCCUUUCUGAAGUUAGCAGCGUACGUGGUCUUUGUGCCUUCUGAGCAGACUUUUUCGAUAGGAGUGAGCUCCUGCUAGGAACUACGCACAAUCACUGCUGGUGUAUACAAUACUACUCAAAAGGAUUUACAGUGGCUCCGUAACUGAUCAAUGAUCUUUCUUUACGUGACUUUGUGUGUGUACUGAAGUGGUUUUUCCAAGUGUUACUCUAAUUAAUUUAUUGAAUGACCUUGUACUUCUGGAAAGACUCAGGACUCUAGUUGUAGCUGGUGUUUAUGAAGGGAAACCCUUUGAAUCAUGUCGGAUAUGUAAAAGCAACAAUGCUGAGGCUGAUGAAACAUGAUCAGUUCCUACUGCAGUCUGUAGAACAUGACAAUGUUUAGUGACUAGAAGUUACAGCUGGCAUCUGUCUUUGGAAAUAUUUUUGCAUUUGUUUGUUUUGCCAGUUUAGUGUACUUUUUUUUUGCACUAUAACUUAUUUUUGAGUUGCUGCUUCUGAAAAUGUGGAAUUUUCAGCUGAAGCUUGGAGUCAGGAUGAUAAUCUCUACCAAAUAUUUAGUUACUGGGGAGAAAUGUAUUGUUCAUUUGCACUGUUUUAUUUAAAUUAAGUGUUUUGAAGGAGUUAUGCCAUUAUUUAAAAGCAGUCACUGUACCAACGAAGACCUUGAAAUGGAUUGGGAUUAUGCCAUUUUGAAGGGAUAUGAUAUUAAAAAUCAAGACUUCAUUCUAUUUUUCCAUAAUGCCUCAGGGUCCCUGUAAUGGACCAUUUGAAACGUGAACAUUCGAGGAUUUCAUGCAUUUGCUUACUCAUUUAUUCAGUUGUGAACAGCAUUCUGUAUGUAAUAUACAUUGUGCAAAUUAAAUCAUUUUCUACAGGA